UCAAAACAAGUUCGGACAAAAACGAAACAUAACAUAAAAUAGGGAUUUCUACCUCUGACAGUCUCCAUUUGGAGUAAUAAAUGGGUUCAACGUUAAGACAAGAUGUUGACUUCAAUGCUCUGUUCAAGAAGCUGGGUCACCAUCUGGAUGAGAUUCGUGUUAGAGCCUUGGAGAAUAUUCUUUCAAAGUUAGAGCACAAACUUAUAUGUGACUCUGAUCUUGUCCAAGAGCGCCACUUGUUUAUUCGCCUCCUUGAAUGGUUCAACUACCCGAAAUCUUCCCGGCAUUCAGAUGUCCUCAAUCUACUCUGCAGGCUUUCAGAGCACACAUCCGGUGCAGAAACCUUACAAGACAUUGGUGCUAUUGAGUUUCUUACCAGUCUGCGAAAAGAUGUGACAUCGGCCCUGCAACCAGUUGUCGAUCAGGUGCUUGAGAACUGCAUGCGCCUGCCUGACGUUGAUAUUGGAUUGGACCAUGCUCCAGAGUGUAUCUAUCAGAGACACAACCAUACAGGAAUGACUGCGGGUGCAGAAACCACAGUGGAUACCAUAGCAACCCGUCAUACCCAGGAUUAUUCCCUUGCCCCUAGCACCAAUGCCCCUUCUGAGCAUGGAGCCAGACUACCAGAUUACAGGGAACCACCUUUGGGGUUCUUCGAGGGGUGUCAGGGAGAUCUGGGGCAACAGCCUAUGACACCAGGGCCCGGGGGUCACCCCACAGUAGCUGAUCUGGGGCUUGAGGGCAGUAGCUGUUUUAGAAUGACCAUAUUUCCAUGGUUAUCACUCACACCCACAGACAGACAUGUUCUCUCCUCCACCAACAGUUCUCUCCAGAGUCGGGAGGCCUCGAUGCUUGUCAGCACGUGCGAGUUUCUAAGUGACGUUGUCUUCCAAGAUUUUCCUGCUGAAAUUUUCCUGCAGAGGCCUAAUAUUGUCAAGAACCUGCUUUCACUCCUGAGUGGACCAAUCAAAGAAGGGGGUGUGGCCAGGCUUCAGGCUGUAAGGACAUUGGCUGACUAUGUCACAUGUCUGCGUAGUAGAAUACGAUGUCAUCAGGAUCCCAACUUUUACACAGCAAAACAAGACUUCAGCACCACACCAACUCCAUUCUCUACACCCUCCAGUUCUUCAUCAGCCAAUCAAAAUGGAGGAGGAGAUGGAAGGCCAUCGGUGAUUGGUUGGACAGAUUCCCGCCCCCGGGGGGAUGGCCGGGAUGGAGAUACGUCUGGUUCUUCCACUGGGACAUCUCGGGCUUCCAGUGUGGGCUUAAGCCUGGAAGGCAGGAGAGGAGAACCCAUUGACCUUGAGGAUGUCCCUGCCCUUCAAUACUUGCAGUUAACCCUUCCGCAGUUUUGUACCCAGGUUCUGGAGAGAGCACUGCCACUUCUACGCUCUACUGAUCAGGUCAUCACCAUGGAAGUCCUUCACCUUCUCCACUUGACCUUGGAUAUAGUGAUUGCCAUGGUAACACCAGGCCUAUGGCAGGAUCAGUCUAUGGCAGCUAGGGAAUGUAGUGAAAAGCUUAUUGAAAGCCUAGAUGUCAUGGCUGAUCUAUUGAAAUUUCAUCACCAUAGCAACUUGAAGUCUGACCCUGAUGACACUAAUAAUGACCCUGGUGACCUUGUACAGCAGAGGCAGUGCUUGGUUGGUCUACAUGUGCUUCUGGCUAGGAUCCUUGACCCUCUGGUUCCACUUGACAAGUGUCGAGGGGUUAUAUCAGAGAAUCUCCUUUCCAUCAUGAACACACUUGUAUAUGAUGAAGCCCUUAGCAACACACUUCCUGACCUUCAGCUUCAGUUGCUAGGUUACCUACAGUACCUUGACGACGGAAGGUACUCUGUGUAUGUUGCUACGGCAACCAUUUGCCAAUCGUUGCAGAGGACUUGCAAGUUUAUGAAUCUGGCCCAGGAAGAGGCAUCUCGACUAUCAAAGGAGACACUUUCCCUGUGUGAGGGAGCCUUUGACAGCCUACCGUACCACCGUCACAUGAAUUACAUCACAGAGACUGUUAGACUGUGCUCAGAUAUUGGUAGUCGUUCUCAGCACUAUGAAGAUCACAAGGCCCGUUACAAGAAGUUGCUGUUACAGCUUCUUGCCCAUCCAAUAGGAAAGCUGCGACUGGGCAUAUUUACUGCUGUACUGCAAUGUGUUAAGACGAACCUCAGUGUGCUAAAAGCCAGCGAACCUGGCUCAACAAGCUGUGAGAAGGUCAGAUUUAUCAUCGAUGCUGACAUCUUGUAUGAGAUCAUUGUCUUUGGACUUGCCGAUAAGGAUACAAAGGUGGCCAAUGCAGCCAGUGAGCUAGUGACUCAUUUGUUAAAGAGUCAGUUACUGAUGAGCCCAGCCUUAUGGCAGUUAAUGUUGAAAGAACUUGCCAGGGCACUUCCGAUUUUGCAGUCCUAUGCAAGUGUUAACACAGUGCUGGGAACCAGUAUUCUAGCCAUGCUCGAAACCAAACCCUCCACUUCCCCAAGUGAGAUCACUCGAGGGGAGAAACUCCGGGGAACUCUGCGUUGUAUGCUGUCUACAGACCUAAAAGGCACUGAAGCGCUUAUCCUGGUACCUAUCUAACGAGGAAGGCGGUGUGCGUCGGUUACCCAUAUUUUCGGAGCUGAAUGUUACAGACCUUGCAAAUCUUCUGAUAGUUAAUACACCACGUUCAGUAGAUAACGAUUUAGGGGGGUCUGUGUUUCAGAUGGAUGGGUUGCAGAAGGUGUAUAAGAUAUUUACAUCUCUCUUAGUUGAUCCUGGGGUGAAAAAAUCUGCCGGAUCAACUCGCCAUUAUACUGCAAGUCGGGAAUAUGCAAACAAGAAACAAGCUGUUUUCCGACAAGCUUGAUAUGUUACUGAUCCUUCCUUGCAUACAGCCUUCAAGAAAGAUGGUGGGAUGGAAAAGAUAUUGGAACACAUCCAACUCGGUGUGCUCAAAGAUGGCGACUCUAAUUCAUGGUAGUCGUUCUCAGCACUAUGAAGAUCACAAGGCCCGUUACAAGAAGUUGCUGUUACAGCUUCUUGCCCAUCCAAUAGGAAAGCUGCGACUGGGUGUAUUUACUGCUGUACUGCAAUGUGUUAAG